UGAGAAAUCAGUAUAAUUGCCGUAAUAUGGAAACGACGAAACAUCUAGAGAACCCAGGGGUUAACCUCACUGAAAGUAAAGACCCGAAGAUCGUUCUCUACUGAAACCGUGUGAAGAACUUCCUCAAGAAUUUGUGUGACGAGGCAAGAGUUUCUAUUGCCAACUCUCAGUGAAGAAUGGACGAUACCUUAAAGCAACACGUAAAGAAGAGAUUGAGUAGUGCAACCAGCUAUGACUUCCCAGGCGCUCAACCUGUUUCAAUGGAGCGAGGACAUCUUUUAGGCCAAAUGGCCAAGAAUAAGUACCUCUGAUGUGAGAAAACUGAUGGUGUGAGGUAUCUAUGAGUCAUUACCAAAAAUAAGUCACUCCUGAUUGAUAGAAAUUAUAAUAUUUUUGGGAUAAUACUUCCUAACCUAAACUUCUCUGGGAAAACUCAAGAUUACAUCCAUGUCUUUGAUGGAGAGCUUAUCCAAGACAAAGGAGGAGACCUCCCAAUCUACCUUAUCUUUGAUGCUUUAAUGGUUAAUUGUAAGAAUAUUAUGAUCCUGACCUUUGAAAACAGACUGAAAAUAGUAAACAGCAAGGUAAUCAAAAGACUUCGUCUCAAGGAAUAUUUUGAAUUAAAAGAGGAGCCAGCAGAUGAUUACAAAACCAGCGAAGAUGAAGAGGGUAAUGUGAAAUCUCAAAAGAAAUUGCCUUCCACAACAGUCUUGGUGAAUCUGAAGGACUUCUAUCUCGACGUUCACACUAAAGUUUUGUGGGAGAAGAUCAUUCCUAAGCUAGAUCAUGCUAAUGAUGGGAUUAUAUACACCAUGAAUGAGUGUCCUUAUUAUCCAGGGACAUGCCAACAGAUAAUCAAGUGGAAGCCUGCCUUACUGAAUAGUGUUGACUUCAACCUCAAAUUGAUUACUUCUUUCAGUGAUCAAGAGUACAUAUGGGGACUCUACGCCAGAACAUAUGAGUCACCUGAGUAUCUAUAUGACUGCAUCUUCUUUGAAAAUGCUGAGGAGAAUGAGAAAUGGCGCAAGUUGCACUCCCAAACCUACACUCAUGCCAACCCAAACCCUGUGAUUGUAGAGUGAGCCUUUCGACCAGAUCUGUCAUACGACAACUUAAUAAGGUUUAAUAAGUACAAGCGGACAGGCAUGCUUUCUGCUUAUCCUCGAGAAGAUCACAUAAAGAGAGAUUUCAAGUUUGACACAGAGAUAUCUUAUACUGAGAAAAAGCAAUUGAAAGGUGGCUGGGUGAUAGAACGGCAGAGGACUGACAAGGAGUUCCCUAAUAGCUUGAUGGUCGCUAAAAACAUCAAAGAAACUAUACUUGACCCUGUAUCUAUAGAAGAUAUCAUCAGCUGUAAGCAAAUGAGAGCUAAAUAUGCUUCCGCAGGUGUAAAGAGACAAAGUGAGGCUAUCUCAAAGAAAGAAGAUAGCAAUGAGAAAAGGCAGAAGACUGAUUAAGCUCAUAUUAAACAUUCUUUUAGCUCAAGCCAUGUAUUACU